AUGUUCCAAAAUUCACAUACUAAUAAUUAAUUUUCAUUCAACUCUUCUAUUAAAUUAAUAAAAUUAAAAAAGUUAGAACCUCAAAUAAAAUAAAUGAAUCAAGUUGUUCCUUAAAAUACAUUAAGAGGAAGAAGCUUUAAAUGCUAUUUUUUUAAUCCAACUGGAGGAUAAUAAUGUAAAUUUAGAAGGAAAACUUGUACAUGCUCUGAGUGUGGAGAGACAAAUGCAUUUGUCGAAAAAUAAAAUGCUUUGUAACCCAUAACUUACAUAAGAGCACAUCAUAUAAAAAAAAGAAAGAGAAAGAUGUAUCGCAAUAAAGGAGGUGGCAGACAUCUAUCAGCUAUGAUAAUAAGAGUCCCUCUUUAAAAUUAGGAUAAUAAUAACUUUAAGAAGGAAAGAAAAGGAACAACCUUACUCUAAAACUAAUUUAUUCAAUAAAAACUAUAUAAAUGUAAAACACUAUAGACUAAAGAUGACAAUAAUAUUGGUUAUGAAUAUUUUUUUGCAAAUGAAUUGAAAAUUGCUAAUGAAACUCAAGAAUUUAUAACAAUAACGACAAUUGAUAAAACUCAAACAUAAAUCAAAUAGCAAAAUUUUGCUUUAAAUGGAAGUCAAAAAACAAUAGAUGAAUCUCAAAUUACAAUUACUAAAAACAUGAAUAUGAAUAUGAAUCAAAGUUAAAUCACAAACACUCAAUUCCCUAGAGCAAAAUGUAAAAUUAAAUAAAAACCUUCAGUACAUAGUCCUAGAGUCUAUGAAGACAUACUAUAAUCACACAAUCUUAAACCAAAUAGAACUGUUGAUAAAUAUAUAUCUCAAAGCGCUCAUUGUUCUCCAGCAAAAAUUAAAUUUCCACUAAUUAGUUAAAAAUAAAUAAUCUAAACUAAAAGAAAGAAAUCAAAUCAUAUUUAUUUGAAAGGCUCUCCUUUGAAAUUAUUAUUUGAAUUAAAAUCUUAAGUUUUAUUAUUAAAAAAAAAAUGA